CUCGUCUGGUUACUUAACGCCCACUCACUGCUAGACAUACUUCCAUAAACGUCGAUCGGAAAUCAUGUCGGAACUCUGUCCACCUUGGGCCCCAUUCUUCGGCUUUGCCGGAGUAACAGCCGCCAUGGUCCUCUCCACAGUCGGAGCAGCUUACGGGACCGCCAAAGCAGGGAUCGGUAUCGCCGGGUUAGGGCAGGUCAGGCCGGACCUGAUGAUGAAGAGUUUGAUCCCCGUCGUCAUGAGCGGUAUCAUCGCAGUCUACGGCCUAGUAGUCUCCGUCCUCAUCGCAGGUUCCCUCACGCCUACCGAGCCUUAUUCUCUUUUCGGCGGGUUCAUCCACUUGGGAGCGGGAUUGGCUUGUGGGAUGACGGGGUUGGCGGCUGGGUAUGCGAUUGGGAUCGUCGGAGAUGCUUGCGUCCGAGCGUAUUUAUACGAAUCGAGGGUGUUCGUCUCGAUGGUCCUUAUUCUCAUUUUCGCCGAGGUCAUCGGUCUGUACGGCCUCAUCGUAGCGUUGAUCCUGAACACGAGGGUCGGGGAGGCUUCUUGUGCUUAUUAGAGUCCGAAAUCUGUUGGAGCUGGUUGGAAUUUGGCGGUCCUGUCUUUCAAACGAAACCUUGGGAGGACUGAGCAGGAAAGACAGAUCCGAGGAUAGAGACAGGGACCGGGCCGAGAACGGAGGCAAGACAGGCAAGAAGGCGAUCCUGAUGGAUAAGUAGAAGCCUUUGCAGGGACAGAGGGUAGACGUAGAGAGAAUGUAUUUCUUUUUUCCUUUCGAUUUGAUACCUAUUUGCAGCACUACCGAGUGAGGGCAUGAACCCGCCAGAUAACA